AUGGAGACAGUCGUAUCGCUAGCCUCUGCACUAGCUCUGGCAGUCUUGCUCGUUUUCCUCUUUUACAAUCAGGCUGGGAGGAUGAUACCGACUCGCUUGGAUGCCCGUCGAGCCCCUCAAAGCCAGGAUGGACUUUUACGUGUUCACGGCAAAGAUACAUGCAAAGACACUGAGGGUGUAGAUAUUGUGCUGGUUCAUGGUCUUGGGUCCAACCCCGACACGACCUGGUUAGCGGAAGCACCCGAGGAUAGCAUCACUUCCGAUGCGUCUGACCUUUCUGACAUUGCUUCUGCGAGUAGAGCGAAGAGGUACGUGAACUGGGUCACCGAGUUCCUGGUGCACGACGUAUACUGCGCUGAUCAAUUCACUCCACGUGUUUUCUUCUUCAACUACGACUCGUACUGGAAAAGGGAUGCACUAGAGACAAGAUUAUGCAGCAUGGCAGACAAGCUUUUGGCCAGUCUAGAACUUGCUCGCGGCAGCGAGACUGUACGAUUUUUCCAACUCAAAUCGACCAAUUGGUAG